AUGAAGUGAGUGAAGCUGGUUUGGUAGUAUGCGCAGAAUAUGGUCCUAGGAUUAUGACUGUUAUUAUUUUUAUUGUUAUUGAAUUGGAUUGGAACGGAAGAAGUUUGAGAUUUGUAGAUGAAAAAUGAAGAACGAAGAAAUUUCGAAAAAAAAGAAAAAAACACGUCGUCAGUUAUUGUGUAUUUUGUGCAUCGGAAAAUGCACACAUUUUUUUCUACAGUAAUCUGGAGUGUGUUUUAUUUUAAUUUUUUAUUCAAAAAGUUUGUAAAUAGUUUAAAAUUAACUUGACUGAAUGUUAUAAAACUAAUAGUGAGUCACAAAUCUAGUUCUAGUCCCACUAAAACAAAAUACGCAACAUUUAGUCGUGUAUUUGAAAAAAAGACCAACUAAAAACGACAAACUGUCGAUAGUUGAUUGGCUGGUUGGUUGAUAGAAUGGUACUGAUAAGAGAGAAGAGGGGCCGCACUCUUCGUUUUUUUUGGCGUGUCGCUCUCUCCAAACAUACAACCAGCUAUGGGCCCUUUUGCCCGCCCGCACGAGAAGAUAGAAAAAUGGAAAAAGAGAAAGAGAAAUAAGAGGAGAAAAAGGGUGGAGACAGUCGGCUGACUGUUAUUAUUUGUAUUGGAUGGGCCGUUUUCGUAUUGAUUGUCACAAAAAUAAAUUGAGAAAUGGAAGAUGGACCACAUUUUUGUACUUUAGGAACAUUUUAUUUUGAAAAAAACGAAUACAGUUAUGAUGAUGAAACUCAGCUGAUUUCACCAUUAAAGAUCUAAUAUGUUUUGGAUUCUUUUUUUCUGUUGGAUUCACUACAUUUCACAGACUCAUUUAUUCCCGAAGGAGAUAUGAAAUACAACUUUUAAAUGAAAGAGUACAAAAAUAGUAGAAACUCGAAAGAUUUUUCAUCAAAAAGCUCCGACAAUUUUUUUCAAAAUUUUGUAUCAAACACAAUCUAACAAAAUGUGGAAAAGUUAUAAUAUCUCAAAGGUUCUCUUUUUUCCAAUUGAAACUUUGAAAUCCAGUCAGUCAAUAUAAACAUACAGUUUGAAAGUAUGCGCAUAUUAAUUGGUUGACCGAACCGCCAAAACUUUGAAUGUAUCGCAACAUUAUUCGAUUUCUAUUCAUGUUUUUCGUCGUGUCCCGAAAAAAAGUUGGCGACCUUGCAAAUACUGUAUUUUUCUUUUCUUUUUCUAUUUCGUCCAUUUUUUAUUGGUACACUUCGAUCUAUUAGUUAGGGACCUUGUAAAAAGAAGAAGAGAAAAUGUUGCCGAUGGCUGGGACUGUUUGAAGAGGAACGACACACAAUAAUAGUUAUAUUAUUUCUCUCUUUUUGAUGUGUGUAUAAAUAUUUGGAAAGGCGCAGUUUGUAGGGAAAAAAAGAAAGGAAAAUGAGAAGAAGAAAAAGAGAAGGGAAAUAAAGGACCAAUAUAUGAAAUAUUUGGGCAAACUUGUCAAUCGAUAUUCGGAAAAUAAUGAAUGGAAAUAGGAUAUUUUUGAAUCGGACCACAGGGUCCGAAUUUAUGAAUCGAACAUAUUACUGAACAUGAAUACUAGAAAUUUUUUUUCAGAAUUUCUCGGUAAAUCCUUGUUCAUCUUUACUAAUUUUCAUAUUGAAUUUUUUAAAAAUCCUGCUUCUUCAAACUGGAUAUUUUGCUCGAAAAUUCAAAGAUGAUCUGAUUCAGACAAUUAGAAGUCCGACUCUUCAGAUUUCACUAAAAAUUUGCCAAGAAAACAAGUUGAAGUUACGAGUUACCUGAAUAAACUAGACAUGUGCACUAAAUAAAAGAAUCAGUGAUUUGAGAAAGGCAGCUCUUCGACUAACACCUUUUUUCUCGUUUUCACAUUUUUAUUUAUCCUCUCGUUCUCUGCUAGCAGCACCUCCUAAUCAGUACAUUGAUAUUUUGUUGGACGGUGCCCGGACCUCCCUCUCCUUUUUCUUUCUCACUUCUCUUCUUCUCAUUCUUUCCAUAUACAAAUAUGCGAGCACCGCUAAUCAGCUAAAAAUUCAGAACAGAGAAACCAUGGAAACGUGCGGAUAAAAAUGAAGGGAAGGAAAAUCGAGAGAUUUGUUCAUAAACGAGAUUUGUAAAAGGACCUAAUAACAAAAUUAUAUGCAAAUAUUUAUGAUAUGCGAAAUUGGAAAUCAAAAUUUGAGUGAAAAAGUUGUCCAAAAUCAGAGUCACAUUAAACGUGUUUCAUUCGGCUCGAUGGAGUACUGUAUAUUUGAACAUUCAAAAAUUUGAAUCUAAAAUACAAGCGAAACAAUCGGACAUUUGAAAUUAUCAAAAAAAGAAAAUAGACACACAGCACAGCAAAAUUCAUAUAAAUCAUAAUAAUUAUUUAACCAAAAAUAAGAAAUCGAUUCCAUUCUUGAACUUUCGGAAAUUUUGAGAUUUGUUUUAUUUUUGACAUUUCAAAUUGAAAUUUGACGAAAAAUCCUAGUUUUUUAUGAAAAUUCAAUUUUUCAGGCAGAAAUCUGGGACCUCCUUAAAAUAUUCCCACGUGCUUAUAAAAUAUUACUGUUUUCUAGAGUAGAGACUCCAAAUUACAAAUUAUAAAUGGUUUUUAAUAUAAAAUAAUAUUUUCAAAAUGAAUUAUUCACCAACGACGAAACCCUUUUAAUUAUAUCUUGUUGUUGUUGUUUUAUAAUCCCUUCCUCGCACACCUUUUCACCAAUUUCACCCUUUUAUCCCAUUUUCGGCCAAAACCUUUUUCUAAUAUUAAUAAUAAUUAUAAUUAAAUUUUGCAGCGAAUUGUGCAUUUUGGUUGUAAAUGAUUCGAUAACACAAACAACAUUAUUGGAAUAUUUGGAAGUUUUUGAAGGUGGAAUGUUUGCACUUCGACUCAUUUCUGAAUUUCAAACUGUUGAACUUUCUGAUGUUGGUGAUGUUCAUGUUCCAAUUGCAUUGUCAUAUCAAAUUGAAUCGGUUCUUUUUGAAAUUUGUACAAAAUUAUCGAAUGCGUCGGUUGGACAUUUAUUGACAAAGAAAAUACGAAAACAUAUGAGUGAACAUAUUGCUUCGAAAUUUGAAGAAUUAAUUGGAGAGAAAAUUAGUGGGGAAUGGAAUCUGCCAACAAGAACUACUUUGCAGAUUUUAUUUGAUGUUCAAGUUUUGGCGACGUUAUUCAAUAGUGAAAAGUGAGAAAACACAACAUAGUGAUUUUAUUCAAAUUUUGAAAAAUUUCAGACUUCGCAAAUUGGCAAGUUCAAUCGAAAGUCAUCUUGAUCCAUUUGAUGUUUCAUUAUUAUCUCCACUUUUAUCUGCAAAUGUUAAACUAUCACAUGCUCGAUCUCAAGUUUUGUUUUCGAGUUUGAUUACUGAAACCAUAUCAAACAAAGAUGUUCAACUCCCACCAUCUUAUUCAAAAAUUCAAGAUCUUGUUGUUCAUAUCGAACAACCUUCUCGAAUUCCAAUGAUUCCAAGAUUAGACAGAGCUGCUGAUCGAACUGAAAAUAACAAAAAAUCUGGAAAUUCUAAAGCGAAAAAUAAUCGAUAUUUGGCGAAUCCAAAUCAACAAGGUAACAUUUUUUAUCUUAUUUGAAGUUUUCUAAAAAAAGCUAUCAUAGGAUCUUCAAAAAGUACACCAUCUCUCAGCGCUUUCUAUGAUCGUAUUUCAUCGAGUUGGUUUGGUGGAGCAAAUAAUUAA